UUUAGAAAGCAUGGCUGCCGCUUCUCAGCGUUGGGCUCCUUGUUGUGGCAUUUCUUCGUUGCGCAAAGCCAGGAACGAUGCAAGGCCAAGCGUGAGAAUGGCGGUCCAGCACAAGCCAUUGGGUCACUUGGCGUCAACGAGAAAGAGCUCUCGGGGAAUCUUGGAGUUUUCCAAGUACCAAGGUCUGGGAAACGACUUUGUUCUUGUGGAUAAUCGCGAGUCUGCCGAACCAAAACUUUCCAAAGAAGAUGCCGUAAGGAUUUGCAACCGAAACUUUGGAGUCGGGAGCGAUGGAGUCAUUCUCGUCAUGCCUGGCGUCCAUGGCUGCGACUACACAAUGCAUAUCUAUAACCCCGACGGCAGCCAACCAGAGAUGUGUGGCAAUGGGAUUCGUUGUAUGGCUCGAUUCAUAGGAGAACUCGAGGGAAGAACAAUAACGAGCAAUCGAAGUUAUAAAAUACACACAGGAGCUGGGACUAUCAUUCCAACGUUGAAAGAGGACGGCCAGGUGCUAGUAGACAUGGGAAUACCAAUUCUCAAUGGAAACAGGAUUCCAACUUUGCUGCCCGGGCAUUUUGAUGGAACUGUCAUCCAAAAGCCACUCGAGGUGGACGGCAAGACGUGGCUUGUGACUUGUGUGAGCAUGGGAAAUCCACACUGCGUAACCUUUGGAGAAGAACACGAAGAGGUAAAAAUCUAUGGAAAAAAAAAAACACUCUUUUGUUUAGUUUUUCUUACCAAGGCCCAUUCUGUGCAGCAUUUGUUUGAUCUUAGUACUUUGCCCCUGGAGAAGAUCGGCCCCCUGUUUGAAAACCAUGAAAAGUUUCCCCAGAAAACAAAUGCAGAGUUUGUGGAAGUGAUCUCUCUUUCUCAUUUAAAAGUUCGAGUGUGGGAGAGAGGCGCAGGGAUCACAUUGGCUUGUGGAACGGGUGCUUGUGCUGCCUUUGUGGCCGCUGUGCUGGAAGGAAGAGCUAAAAAAAACUGCAUUGUGGAUUUGCCCGGGGGCAAAUUGGAAGUGGAAUGGAGAGCGUCGGAUCACCACGUCUACAUGAGUGGGCCUGCUGAGCAUGUUUUUACGGGCACUCUGGUCUUGUAAUAUUUUAAUUAGCGACAUUGUGUUUAAGCUUGCUAAAGGAAAGGUUGUUCACACA